UUCUUGCUAUUGUUGAUGUUGUUGUUGUGGUUGCUGUUGCUGUUGUUGCUGCUGGUGCUGCUAUGUUGUUGCAGUUGUUGUUUUUGUUAGUGUUUUUUUUUGUUGGUGCUGUUGGUGCUGCUGUUGCUGCUGUUGAUGUUGUUGUUUGUGCUGUUGUUGCUGUUGUUACUGCUGUUGCUGCUGUUGCUAUUGUUGCUGUUGUUGUUGCGUUUACUGCUGUUGUUGCUUUUCUUGUUUUGUUGUUGUUGUUGUUGUUGCAGUUGUUCCUGUUGUUGCUAUUUUUGGUGUUUGUUGUUGUUUUUGUUGGUGCUGUUGGUGCUCCUGUUGGUGCUGUUAAUGUUGUUGUUUGUGUUGUUGUUGUUGUUGUUACUACUGGUGGUGUUGUUGCUAGUGUUGUUGUUGUUGUUGUUGCUGUUUUUGCAGUUGUUGCUUUUGUUGCUAUUGUUGGUGUUCAUGUUCUUGCUGUGGUUGAUGUUGUUGUUGUUCCUGCUGCUGUUGCUGUUGUUUGUUGUUUUUUUUUUGUUGGUGCUGUUGCUGCUGCUGUUGCUGCUGCGGAUGUUGUUGUUUGUGCUGUUGUUGCUGUUGUUACUGCUGUUGCUGCUGGUAUUGUUGUUGUUGUUGUUGCUGCUAUUUUUGCAGUUGUUGCUGUUGUUGCUAUUUGUUGUUGUUGUUCCUAUUGUGCUGUUGUUGCUUGUUGUGCUGUUGCUGGUGUUGGUGCUGUUGCUAUUGUUGCUGUUGUUGCU